UCGACACGCCCCCAGCAUGGAUACAAGCAGCAGAACAGGCGCUCAGGAGGCGAUACUAAAGCUGGGGAGCAAGAGAAGAGGAGCCGCAAUGGGAGUUAACGCCUCCAAGUUUGUGGAGUUCCUGUUGCCAGCGUCGUCGCACUAAACAAAGACUUUAGUCUCCGAGGAGGCCCGUCUGCGUUUGUGUCCGAGGCGUUUCUCUCGCAGGAUGUUGACGACAUCGGAUCAAAAAGUCAGUUCUCUUUGAUGAGAGCGACCUCCUCCUCCUUCACCUCCUCCUCACACAAAGGGUACAAGUAGUUUGCUCACCCGUCACCAUCAUUUUUUUUAUUUUUAGGUUUGUUUUUAAUUUGUAUUUUUGAAUGUCAUUGAGGAGCAGAAGGGGCCGUUUCAAAGACAAAAUGGAUCACUUUGCAGCAGAGUGCCUUGUUUCAAUGUCCAGCCGUGCAAUUGUUCACGCUCCUAAAGGCAACCGGGAGAUUAAACCAGAAAUACCGACCUCCUCAAGGAGCGGAGAGGACAUGAAAGAGCCCCUGGUCAGAGACAACUCCUCUCUGUUUGUGGUGGCGCGGAUUCUGGCGGAUUUUAACCAACAGACUCCCAACAAUGUUGCCGAGCAGGCAAAAAUAAAGGAGGAGAGCACGCCGAUCCUGAUAGAUGAUGGAAACUCUGCCACACCUACCGCCGUCUGCGAGCCUGCUCUCAAACAAAGAGGCAAAAGAUCCAGAGGUCGAUUCGAGCAGGAAUCACCUCAGAAAAAGCACAAAUGCCACUAUUCAGGUUGUGAAAAAGUUUAUGGCAAAUCGUCCCACCUCAAAGCCCAUCUAAGGACGCACACAGGAGAACGGCCUUUUCCCUGCACCUGGCCUGACUGCAGUAAGAAGUUUGCUCGUUCUGAUGAGCUUGCCCGCCACUACCGUACCCACACAGGGGAGAAGAAGUUUGGUUGCCCACUGUGCGACAAGCGCUUCAUGCGCAGCGACCACCUGAUGAAACAUGCCCGGCGCCACUCGGAUUUCCAGCCCUGUAUGCUGAAGAAGCCCCACAGUGGCGGCGGUGGUGGCAGCAGUAGCAGCUCCAUACGUCCCAGCUCCCUCAGCGACUACAGCCGCUCAGAUGCCUCCAGCCCCAACCUUAGCCCCGCCCCCAGCCCAGCCAACUCGCCUUAAACUGAAACCCACUCGCACUUUCUCCCUCUAACCUAUGAGGCCUGUUUUGUUUUUUUUUGUCAUAACACUUGUGUUGCACAGUUGUCAGCAGCCCCCUUGUGCUAUUCCUGCGCUUGCUGUGGUGUACCGUACUGUACAUAACUGCUUAUUGUAGUGCAAUUACUUGUGUGAUUCUAAAAGAAGGUAACACCUUUCCCAGAUGGAAAUAUUUGUGUACCACACGUCUGUAUUUUUUAGCUUCUGAUCAUGACUAAACGUCCAAUAUAUGUUCACAGUCAGCUGAACAAGGUUAAGAAGGAGAAACAAAAAACAGACACCUUGACAAGUCUUAUCAAGAUAUUUUUUUCUCUCUUUAUUUUAAAGGAG